ACUCAAUCUCAAUACGUCGAUAAUUGAAUAUCGUCGCUACUGCUUCACGGCAAGCCCCCAAGAUGGCCUUAGAAGACAAUCGCUAAUGGGGCUGGACUGGCCGUUCCUCAAUGACACCCUAGCCGACCGUGUUUUCGUCAAUCCGCCUUUCAGCAAUGGAGAGAAUCAGGCAGUAUUCCCCUUAUGUCAACAGACGCAAACCGUACAAGUUCCUCUGGAUAGAACUACUCUCCAUACCGAUACUGGCACGCUCUUGCUCGGUACCGCCACUUUUCUCACACGCCUAAAUGAGAGCUUACCGGAAAUGGCUCAUUGGCUCGCCAACACCGAAACGAAACUUCUGGUCGUCCUCCGUGACGAAUCUCCAAAAGAGGAAGAGAUGGAAGCUGUGAUAAACAAGGCAGAAGAAUUGGGCAUAGCAGUAUUCCUCAUCUCAGACUCUUCCAUGACCGGAGAGGCUGAAAGCAAUUUUGGACUUGCAAAGCAUCUAUACACACAUCUCUCUUAUAGCACGAGGUGGAUUGGCGUAAUCGACGACGACACGUUCUUUCCUCCUUUGUCUAGGAUGCUGGAAGCUCUCAUGCCCUACGAUCCAUCUUUGCCCUGGUACAUAGGCGGCCUGACAGAACGUCAUUUGGGUAUCAGCACUGAAGGCUUCAAGGCUUGGGGAGGCGCAGGUAUCUUUUUGUCAGUGCCACUAUUGACUCUACUGGCCGACAAUCACGAUACAUGCAUCUCAAUGUCCCGGACUUGGGGAGAUGCGCUGUGGCGUGAUUGCAUCUUCAAUAUUACAUCGCCAACAGUGCAUCUGACCAGAUUAGACGGAUUGCAUCAGCUUGAUAUGUUUGGCGAUUUGUCUGGCUGGUAUGAAUCUGGAGUGGCGUCUACACCUCUGAGUCUGCAUCACUGGAAGAGCUGGCACUAUUUCAACGUCCCUUCGGCGCAUCUGGUCACCAAUAUUGCAGGCGUAGAUGCUUUGUUUCAGAGAUACAACGCGACCGACAAUGUGGUCUUCACAAACGGCUACAGUAUCGCGCAAUAUCCAGGUGGUCUACCGGAUAUGGGUCUCGUCGAGGGGACCAUGUUCCCCUACCCAGGAGCUAAGAUGCCCGAUGCGGUUGGCGAGCUUCAAGACAGUCUUGGAAAACUAAGGCCGGCUUUGGAGGAAGGUAGGGAGAAGAUCAGCUGGCGAUUUGUGACAGCUGUCAGUAUGGGUAGUGCAUGUGUCAGGCAAUUCUAUGUCAGGGGAGCUUCUGCAGGACAGAGCUCUGACAGUGUAAUUGAGGUGGACUGGUGCCGAAGCUCGCGCUAGGUACAGAAAACCAUUGAUAUCAUCGCUCAUAGAAACGUAAAUAUUAUAUAUCAUGAA